AUGCUCGAUCAGACCCGCCGCUCGCGCCGCAAGCUCUACCAAGUCUGGUAUGACCUCCGAAACGCCUUCGGUUCGCUUCCGCAGCCCCUCAUGUGGCAGGUGCUCCGCCGGAUUGGUGUUGAGCCCCGGUUCAUUAACCGAUGCCAAGAUAUCUAUGAGGGGUCUGCUUUCGUGGUUAUGAAUGCGAAGGACGGGGCGACCGACCCGGAUGUCGGUGUGCCGCUGGCGGAGGGUGUCCGCCCGUGCACCACCGCUUAUGCCGACGACAUCAAGGUUUUCAGUGACAGUGCCGAUGGAAUCCGCCGCUGCCAUGACGUUGUCCGGAGGUUUCUCCAGUGGACGGGGCUGCGCGCUAACCCUGCCAAGUGUGCGAGCCUUGCGGUGACCAUUAAUGCUCGUGGUAACCCGACACUUGACGACAGUAGCUAUCGCUAUUUGGGGGUGGGCGAUGGUUUUGACCAUGUUCAGCACCGCCUCCAGCUCGAGCCAAAGCUCCAGCAGAUAAAGCGAGAGGCUGUGGCACUGAUGAAGUCUGGCUUAGCGGUGUGGCAAGUGGUGAAAGCGCUUAAGACUUACGUAUAUCCGAAGGUGGACUACGCGCUUCGCCACUUGCGCCCGCUUCGCUCUCAGCUCGAAGGAUUCGACUGUGCCGUGAAGCGUGGACUGCGACAUAUGCUGCGCCUGCCCCAGUCUUCGACCACUGAGUUCUUCUACGCGCCCACUUCUGGUGGUGGACUGGGCCUGCAGUCUCUAGUGGAGAUGCACCAAUCUCUGCAGGUGGCGCACGCAUGGCAGAUGUUGCACUCCAAGGAUCCAGCUCUAGUGGCGGUGGCGAAGGCUCAGGUCCUACAGGUCGUGCACAAACGAUACCGCCUAUUGAACGACCACUGGACGGGUCGAGACGACGAACUCGUACGUUUGUUUUUGAACUCCGAGCUCGCGUCGUCUCCCCACGCCACCAUCCAUCGCAGAUCGGGGGACAUCGCUUCGGUUUGGGUGGAUGUGCAGCGGGUGCUGUGCAUCCACCGUAUUACCUUUACUGAUCGCGCCGACGAGUCUGGUCAGGACGCGUUUGCGAUUCGCGUGCCGCACCACACCCAAUGGCUUGACCACAAGUCUGUCUUGCGGCACGUGAAGUUGCACAUGAAAAUUCGACACCAGACUCGGUGGAAGGGUCUGGUGGACCAAGGCCGGACGGCUCGGGUGUACGGUGGACCCGGGUCUAAGUUUGUGCUAUCGGGAGCGGGCCUGUCUGAUGCUGAACAUCGGUUCGGCAUACAGGCUCGUCUAAACCAAGUGGACACGAACUCGGUUCUGAAGCGACGCCGUAUGCGGCCAAAUGCUCAUUGUCGACAGUCGGCCUGCUCGAGUGCGGAAACACUGGCGCACGUUUUGAAUCACUGUGCAUCCAAUAUGGAUUUAAUCCGCCAGCGUCAUGACACUGCACUCGAGCGAAUUGGUGUGGAGAUCAGGAAAGCGCUUCAACGGACCAAGUCGCAAGCAGAGUUACGACUCAAUCAGACGGUUCCUGAGUACACCGGUGCGGCUCUGCGUCCGGAUAUGGUGCUGAGGGACGUAAAUGCCAAGACCAUGGUGAUCGCUGACUUGGCAGUCACCUUCGAGACCCAUGGUGCUGGAUCUCGCCUUUCCUCGCUGCAGUCCAGCUAUGACUUCAAGAUGCUCAAGUACAAGCCUAUCGCCGAUGAACUCCGGCUGAAGGGGUGGAGAGUGGAGUCCGCUGCGAUUGUCUAUGGAUCUCUAGGCUCGGUGCUCCCGCGUAACCUCAAGACAUACACGGACACGCUCCACCUGCUCAAGCGCGAUGCUAGGACUCUGGAAUUUCGCCUUUCCAGUCAUUGUGUCCGCUCCAGUCGCCGGAUCUGGAGCUGGCACUGCCAACUACACAGGGAUCGACAACGGAGAGGGGCGGCUACAAGAGAGUCGCGCAGGUCCGGGGGGAACCUGCAGGCUCCUCAGCCGCCAGAGGCGCGGUGA